CUGACCGAACCCAGGACUGUCAGAAAAGGAUAAGACGAAGGCGCAACAGUUUUUAGACAAUAAAAAACGGAACUGUAAAUCGUAAAAACGACCUAGUAUGUAUUUAAAGUACUUUAUUUAUUAUAUUAAUUUUUCUGUAAGCUACUGACUGCCGUCGUUAGCUUUCCUUUAGCGGUUGUCGACAGUCUACGGUUGUGAGACGUCAGAGUCUCAUCCCUGUGUGUUCAGCCCAGACCAAAACAAGGAAGUAGGUGAAGACGAAACUUGGACAGGACAGUAGAAGCUCAUGCUCAUGACCCAGUAAGACACUAUUGAGGACAUAAACGAGGAGAAACACACUCAGCUAGAGAUGCCUCUGUUCCUGUCCCUGCUGCUCCUCUGUCUGCCACUAGGGGGCGAAACCUCACCAAUCAGCUGCUAUAAUGAUCAAGGAGAAGCUGUUGAUUGGUUCUAUAUAUACAAGCUGCCAAAAGAACAUGGCAGAAAAUCUCCCAUAGAGGGUGAAAGGUAUUUACUGCUGGAAAAAGACAGUGAAGGAUGGACUGAUGGGAAAGGGACGGUGAACGAGACUACAGGAGCCCUGGGCAGGACGGUCGGACAGCUGUACACACAGAAAAAGCUCUUUUUACAGGGCACAGACUUAGCAUACAUCCUUUACAAUGACCAGAAACCAUCUCAAGACUUUGGUGACAGAUGGGUUGACAACAGUGGAAGCGGAGGGGGGCACACAAAAGGUGUCGUGCUGCUGGAUAAAAAUCAGGGCUUCUGGUUGGUCCAUAGCACUCCUCGCUUCCCCCCUGUGCAACAGGAGGGGCAGUAUUAUUACCCCGACAGUGGUAUGAAUAACGGGCAAAACUUCAUCUGCGUUACGUACCCGCUCGACCGUUUCCAGACCAUUGGAGAGCAGCUGCAGAUCAAUCAGCCUAAUGUGUAUGACUGUGACGUCCCCGAGUCCUUGGCCUCCCUGGUGCCUGCACUGGCUGCUGUGUGUAAGAAAAAACAUCUGUCCGGUCAGAUCUCUCCACAUGUCAAGCCUGUGUCCAAUCGCAGUGUGACACUGACCUCAAAGGAAGGGACCAACUUCAUCAGCUUUGCAAAAGGAGCCUCUUUUGACAAUGACCUGUACCACUCAUGGGUGGCCCCCGCCCUCCAAUCAGACCUCCUGGUCCAGUUCUGGAUUCGCUCCAGAGGCAUCCUCCCCUCCAACUGCUCGCAGGGCUGGAAAGUCCUGGAUAUCACGCUCAUCCACCCGGGACAGACGUUCACCUUCAAGGCCAGCCAGGACCACUCCAAGUGGGCGGUCAGUCCUAAGGCGGCCGUACAGGGGUCCGGAGGAGGCUGGGUAUGUGUUGGGGACAUAAACCGGAACGAGGCGGAGGAGAAGCGGGGUGGAGGCACAGUGUGUCUGCAGGACCUGGUGGUAUGGAAGGCUUACCGGACGGCAGCGAUGGAGUGUGAGGCUUGUGGAGGAGGAACGAUCCAGUGUUGACACUCUGCAGGAGGCUGAUGGAUGAACUGGACUUGAUAACUGGACCACAGUGGCAUCCAUCAGAUGGGUUUUUAUUGAAAUGCUUGAACAUUUUUGGUACAUUAUUAAUAUAUGUUUCCUUUAACAUCUGGUGAAAUCUGAAACUACUCAUGUUUAACGUUUAAACUUCAAACAUUCUUUUCUAGAAAUGUGUGCUUUUGGAAUAGUUUUUAUACAUCAUAAUCAUUUCCUUGAAUGUUUCCUGAGGAGUUUUUGACAUGGAUAUGUGGAAGAUCCAGUACUGAGGUUUCAUGCUACAACCAACUGAAUACUCCUCACAUCACCCUCCCCACUAUGCAAAAAUCACUACACUGUUUGUUGGAGAUUGGUUUUUGUCUACUUAAAGGUGAAGUCAGCGAUACUAAUCCAACGCAGUUUUGGUCAAAUUCAGUGAUCAUCUCUGCUAGCGGUCCACUUUGUGUGCACUGCAAAAAUCUCAGGUGUUUGUUCACAGCUCUGGCUCUGUAAAUGCAAAACAAAGUGGCUUGUACUGUGUAUUUCUGUGCUAAUGCACGGAAUGGAAUAAAGAGGGCAGUGGGUGCAAAAUGACAAUGACUGCUACAGAUCAAAAUAUGCAAACUUGUUAAAUAUCA